CAGUCUUUUCUUGGCUGAGAUUACAACUUGCUGUCUUCCCACCUUUCCUCACAACACAACCCAAUUUUUGAUUAUUUACUAAAAAAUCUCGCGUUUAUUUUGUUCAAGAUUGUGUUUUUCAGUGAUAUUUCGCACCUAUGCGAAGUGGGUUCUGAAAGGAAAAAAGAAGGGCUCGAUUUCAGGGGAAAGAAUCUAUGGCGACUGUUGUGGAAGAUGCGGUGGAAUAUUCCUUCGCGAUGGAAUAUCUCGGCCCUCCGAUCACCCGUGAGCUGCCGCGUGCCGUGCCUAUCAAUGUGGAUCGGAUUCCGGUGGCCUCCGUCGUCUCCCCGCUCCCCUUUUCCGGCAGCUUGUCUCUGCCGGUGGUGCACCCUAUCGGCAUGAAGCUAACCAAGGAUUUGAAAUUGAGCUCCGUUUCGCCGACUUCGGUGAUUGUUUUGAAUCAUGAGGUGAGUGAGGGUUCUUACAAUAAAGACACUGAUGCUAGCGUUUCUCCUAAUAAUGCAUCGCCACAAAGUGAAAUUGAAACUGAAAAUCCUAAAGUUAAUGACAUAUCUGGUGAAUUGAGUAGUGAUUUCGAGUGUUGCAAUCGUGAUGAUGUGUUGAGUGGAGUUGAUGAGUUUGUUGGUGGGGUUGGGAGCUCAGAGUUAGAGUCUUCGAAUGCUUGCAAGGAGAGCUUAGAUUUCAACGAGUCGAACAGAACGGACUGGGAGUCGAAUGAGUCGGGUUUGAGCGUUGGUUGUCUUUCCUCGAGGGUUGGGAAUCAAGAUUCUGGUGGUGGUGGUGGUGGUGAUGGGAGGCGAGCGUCACUGGUGACGUUUUGUGAUAUUGAGUCGGACGAUGAGAAUGUUAACGAGGACUACAGGCGUUCUAAGCCUGAGGUGGUCGAAAUGAAGAAAGAGCCUGCGGGAAAGGUCAGGAAAGGAGCGUGCUAUCGGUGCAUGAAAGGAAGCCGGUUCACGGAGAAGGAGGUGUGCAUGGUUUGUGAUGCUAAGUAUUGUAGUAAUUGUGUGCUUAGAGCAAUGGGGUCGAUGCCUGAGGGUAGGAAGUGUGUGACUUGCAUUGGCUACCCCAUUAGUGAAUCGAAGCGUGCCUCUUUGGGAAAAUGCUCGAGAAUGCUCAAGCGAUUGCUUAAUGAUCUGGAGGUUAAGCAGGUGAUGAAAGCUGAGAAAUUUUGUGAGGUGAAUCAGUUGCCGCCUGAGUAUAUCUGUGUAAAUGGUGUGCCUCUAUAUCAUGAUGAGCUUGUCAUGCUCCAGAGCUGUCCUAAUCCACCGAAGAAGCUCAAGCCGGGAAACUAUUGGUAUGACAAAGUAUCAGGUCUUUGGGGAAAGGAAGGGCAGAAGCCCUUACAAAUUAUUAGUCCCCAUCUCAAUGUUGGGGGUCCUAUUAAAGCAGACGCUAGCAAAGGGAACACUCAAGUUUACAUAAAUGGUCGUGAGAUCACCAAAGUGGAAUUGCGCAUGUUAAAGUUAGCAGGAGUUCAAUGUGCUGGAAAUCCACAUUUUUGGGUGAAUGAAGAUGGUUCAUACCAAGAGGAGGGACAGAACAAUACAAAAGGCUUUAUAUGGGGCAAGGCUGGAACGAAGCUGCUUUGUGCUGUUCUUUCUCUCCCAGUUCCCUCUAAAUCAUCUUAUCCUUGCGGAGAACAAAUAUCUAGCUCAGAUUAUCUCGAGCAGAGAGUGAUUAAGAAGCUUCUUCUGAUUGGAUAUAGUGGAUCUGGAACAAGUACCAUUUUUAAACAGGCUAGAAUUCUUUAUAAAGACAUACCCUUUUCCGAGGAUGAGCGGGAACACAUUAAAUUAAUCAUCCAGAGCCAUGUGUAUAGCUAUAUUGGGAUACUGCUUGAGGGCCGUGAACGAUUUGAAGAAGAAAGUUUGAAUGAAUUGAGGCAAAAUCAGUCUUGUGGCACAACUCUUGCAGGACAUGAUGAUGCCAAUGGUGAAGAGACUCCUUAUUCAAUUUGUCCCCGACUGAAGGCAUUUUCAGAUUGGCUACUUAAAAUCAAUGCAUCGGGAACUCUGGAAGAAAUAUUCCCUGCUGCUAGUCGGGAAUAUGCGCCACUAGUUCAGGAGUUGUGUAGUAGUGCUGCUUUCCAGGCAACUUACAAACGAAGACAUGAAUUGGAAAGCCUCCCCAGUGUUUCAAGUUACUUCCUAGAGCAGGCUGUUGAAAUAGUGAAACCAGAUUACAAACCAUCUGAUUUGGAUAUCCUUUAUGCUGAACAUGUUACUUCGUCCAAUGGGCUGGCUUGCAUUGAGUUUUCUUUCCCUGAGCCAGUAUAUGAUGGUGAUAUGGAUAGUGGGGAUAUGCAUGAUUCCCUGCUCAGAUAUCAGCUGAUCAGGAUGCAGGCGAAAGGCUUUGGAGAAAACUGCAAGUGGCUGGAGAUGCUUGAAGAUGUCCGGAUCGUUAUUUUUUGUGUCUCUCUAAGUGACUAUGAUCAGUUUGCUCUUGAUGGUGAUGGAAACAGAGUGAACAAGAUGAUGUUGAGCAAAAAGUUGUUUGAGAACAUGGUCACUCACCCAACGUUUGAUCAGAUGGAAUUCCUUCUCCUCUUAAACAAAUUCGACUUGUUUGAGGAAAAGAUCGAGCAAGUUCCUCUGACUACAUGUGAGUGGUUUGAUGAUUUCCAUCCGGUGAUCAGUCGCAACCGCUCCAACAGCAACAACGCAAAUCAUCCAACCCUGGGGCAGUUGGGUUUUCACUAUGUUGCUGUGAAGUUCAAAAGGCUGUACGCGUCCCUGACAGGAAGAAAGCUGUAUGCAUCGGGGGUGAAGGCUCUGGAGCCUGUGAGUGUAGACGCAGCGCUGAAAUAUGCAAGAGAGGUAUUGAACUGGGACGAGGAGAGGCCAAAUGGUUGCCUGAGUGAAUAUUCGAUUUAUAGCACGGAUGCAAGCUCGUUUUCUCAUUGAGAAUAUCUCCCGUGCCUGGUGUACAGAAUUCACAUUUAGAUUUUGAUCCUACUCUGAUAGAGAUUACAGAUUCCUUUUUUCAUUUUUUAGGUGAUUUGUGUGAAUUCAUGAUAGAUUGAUAGGUAGUGUUAGUAUAAAUGUAAAAUUCCAGAACUGAAAGCUACUCGUAUGUGUUUGUUCAGUUACUAAGAAUGCUUAUUUUAAAGAUAAAGAAUAACAUCAUAUGAUUAAAGUA